CUGUGUGGCCUUGAAACAUGGCCGAAAUAACAAGGGACGAAGUAGCGGAGGGAGACCAGGAUGAACCUAAUUAUAACAAAGAAAGAAUCAAAUAUUCCCCGGAGGAAGAACGAAAACUAGAGAGGCAGCAUUUCUGGAGAGUAAUCGAUGCGUUCAGAUACUACAGCACCCAUGUCCACGAGCAGGUGAAACGUGCUCAGCGUCAGUAUCGGAGCUUAACCCAGCACCAUCAGUCCCUACUGCCGAGUGUCCUUCCCAACCUGACGCACAUCAGCCAGUGUGUGGAGCACAACCAGGAGGUCCUCCAUGCAAUAGUCCACAACUGUAUCGACAUGUUUGAGAACAUGGAGUACGGUGAGGAGGAGGAGUUGAAGAAACUGCGUCCCGCCUCUAUCUUUGAUAUGGAUAAACUUAAGUCCACCAUCAAGCAGUUUGUUCGAGACUGGAGUGAAGUGGGCCAGGCAGAGAGGGACACCUGCUACCUGCCCAUCAUCAAGGAGAUCCAGAGGCUUUUCCCCAGCGACCAAUAUGAUGUUUCCAAGUUGAGCGUGCUGGUUCCCGGCGCCGGGCUCGGGCGUCUGGCCUGGGAGAUCGCCCGUCUGGGCUACAUGUGCCAGGGAAAUGAGUGGAGCUUCUUUAUGUUGUUCUCCUCAAACUAUGUGCUGAAUAGGUGCGAGAAGGUGAACUCUCUUACCCUUUACCCCUGGAUCCACCAGUUUAGCAACAACAAGAGGUCAUCUGACCAGACUCGACCCGUCAGCGUCCCUGACAUUGACCCCCAGAGCCUACCCGUUACCUCAGACUUCUCCAUGGUAGCGGGGGAUUUCUGCGAGGUGUACACAGAACCUGAUUCUUGGGAUUGUGUUGCAACCUGCUUUUUUAUAGACACGGCUCACAAUGUGUUGGACUAUUUGGAGACCAUCUGGAAGGUUCUCAAGCCUGGAGGGGUCUGGAUCAACCUAGGGCCAUUGCUGUACCACUUUGAGAACAUGGCCAACGAGCUGUCCAUCGAACUGAGCUACGAGGACAUCAGGGCGGCUAUCGUUAAGUAUGGCUUCCAGCUAGAGGUGGAGAGGGAGUCUGUGAAGACGACAUACACGGAGAACGACCGCUCCAUGCUGAGACACGUCUACGACUGCGUCUUCUUUGUGGCGCGCAAGCCGGCCCGGGUGUACGCCAACGGCGACCGCGAGGAAGACGCCAACGUUGACCGCGAGGAAGACGCCAACGUUGACCGCGAGGAAGACGCCAACGGCAGCCACGAGGAAGACGCCAACGGCGACCGCGAGGAAGACGCCAACGGCGACCGCGAGGAAGACGAUGAAGCAUGCAUCGCGCCGCCGUGUGCAAAGUCCCCGCGGCGAGAGAGCGGGCUAACGUGACACGACCACACACACAAACACACACGCAACGACCGCACACACGCAACAACCACACGCACACAAAGGCACACACACACAACAACCACACACACAUACAAGACCGUGCAGACAAACACACACAAUGACCGCACACACACGCACAACGGCCACACACACACAAAACGACAGCACACACAAACAACGACCGUACACACACACAACAACCGCACACACCCACAACGACCACACACACACGACUGCGCACAUACACACACACACAAUAACUGCAGAAACACACAACAACCGCACACACGCCAGACGACAGCACACACAAACAACGACCGCACACAAACAACGACCACACACACACAACGACCGCACACACAAACGAUGACCGCACACGCACACAACGACCGCACACACACGCAACGGCCGCACACACACACAACGAUCGCACACGCUCACAAACAUGACCGCCAUCGCCAGAGCUGCCGACUUAAAGCAGCAUUGGGGUCAAAUAAAUGUAUUUGAGGAACGCUAAAACGAAACGAUCAAAGGAGUAUGGACACCAUCAUGUGAUUUUCAUUCAGUUUGAUUUUUUAUCCACACAGUACCUCAAAAGAGAGACAAAUUGACCCAUCACCUGCCAAACUCCUUCUUUGUUCCGGAGGGAUUUUUUGUCUUGAAGUCAAUUUUUAAUCCGAUGUUGAAAUACUUUUUGUGCGCAUUUUUGUGUUUUUUGGGGGAGAAAAUGUAUUUGGACUGAUUGUGACUUGUGCAUCUCAUUUACGUAUUAAGGUAUUUAUUUUUCACUGAAUCCAGAGAAAUAUCUCCACAGCCCUGUCAUAGGGAUACGAAGUUGUUUUAAACUUAUUUUGUAUGAUUGGACACCAUUAUCAGUACUAAUUGUAUUUUCUACUAUGACUUUGCAAUAAACAUUAAAGAAAAUGAUGUGAACCGCAUAUAGUCUCUUUCGUUUCUCGACUGUGCGUUUAGGUAGCCCGUUCAGAUUGUUCACGUGGUAAGUUUUAUGUGGGUUAACAGG